ACCAUUUAAAAGAAUCAAUUAAAAGGAAAUUUCACGAUUAUGGAUUUGAUUUAGCUAUUAUACCGGAUGCUGCUGAUGACACUGGACAAAUAGCUGCAGGUAGUGUUGUCAUGGGACAUUUUUGGGAUAUGGCCUGGAAUAUUAGAAUUUAA